UGAAAGCUAACCAUUCUGUGUAAUUUUGUAUUUAGCAUACUGUAUCCUCAAAUAUGUAUAUGCUCAAAUAUAUAACUUGUGGGUGUGAAUGAGACAAUGAGAAGAACUGUAAUUUAAUCAGAUGAUUCAUCACAGAGACUCCCAGUGUCGGGGGGUUAUAAAGCCUUAGAUUUUCUCAGCAGGUUUCAGGAAAUGUGAUUUCAUUAGGAAGUUGCUGUGAAUGUUAAACAGUAACUCAAAGUGCAAAUCCUGACUUCUCUGGAGGAGAGCGUCAUGACUCAUUUCUGUAGCAUGUGUUAGGGGGAGUAACGACAGAUAACAACAAAGAUAGACAACGGACACAUAACACAUGUACUCAUAUUCAAGAUGGACAUAAGUCAUCAACACAAUGGAGGAACAGUUAUGGUGCAACACACCGCAUGUCGGUCAGAUCUGGAAAAUAAUGCAACUGACUGUUUUCCUGUCGAUGAGUUCACAAUGAGGUAUUAUCUCCCUGCGAUGUACACCAUAAUCUGUGUAGUUGGACUCGCAGGUAACCUCACCGCACUCUUCAUAUACCUGACAAAACUUCGACCCUGGAAAAGCAGCAGUAUUAUCAUGGUAAACCUGGCAGUGGCUGAUCUUCUCUAUGCACUGAGUUUACCUGUGCUAGUCCAGUUUUACAUUACCAAAAACUGGACCCUGGGGGAGUUCAUGUGCCGUUUUAUUCGCUUCUGCUUCCAUUACAAUCUUUACGGUAGCAUCCUUUUCCUCACCUGCCUCAGCAUCUUCCGUUAUGUUGUGGUGGUGCAUCCACUGAAAGCCGCUCAGAUUGGCAGAAAAAGAUGGGGCGUUUUGGCCUGCCUGGUCGUUUGGACCGUCUCCUUGGUGGAGAUCGGCCCAAUGCUGGGAAUGAUUACAUUGAAAGAGAAGGACAAUAUGACACAGUGUGUUGACUUUGCCAGUAAUGAUCCACAGGUGGUGUGGUGGUACGGUUGGAUACUCACCAUUUUAGGAUACGUAAUACCGUUGGGGGUGGUGUGCUGGAGUUACAUCUGCAUUGCGGGCACUCUGGGCAACAGUAUAUUCAGACAUAGACAGAGUCGUUCCCGAGCUCGCAUGUUCGCCAUUCUGAUUCUGGUUGUGUUCGUGGUAUGUUUCUUGCCUUAUCACAUCAUGCGCGCGCUAAGAGUUGAUAGCCUGCGCCGAAGUAACGUGUCAUGCACAUUCAGGAGAGGAAUCAAUAUGGUCUACAUUCUGUCCAGACCGCUGGCGGGUGUCAACACCUUCUUCAACUUAGCACUUUAUACAUUGGCAGGAGACAAGUUUCAGCAGGCUUUCUGGAGCUUGGUGCACAGGCGACACAGAAACAGCAACAUAGCUGUGAUCCAUACACCAAACACCCUGUCAAAGUCAAACCUCACGAGGAUCUGAUUAUGUCAUUUGACUUCCUAACAUGAAAGGGAAGUGUUUGGACAGUGUUCUUGUAGCUCGGUGGUAGAGCUUAAUCCAAGGGGAGAAUGCAUUAUGUAAAUGUUUUUGUUGCAUUUCAUGUUAUAGUGGCAUUUAUUAUAUUAUUAAGGUAUUUUAUAUUUUACUUACUGUAUGUUAUAUCCAACAGAUAUUAAAGGGACAUUCCACUUUUUUUGAAAAUAUGCUCAUUUUCCAGCUCCCCUAGAGUUAAACAUUUGAUUUUUAUCGUUUUGGAAUCCAUUCAGCUGAUCUCCGGGUCUGGCGCUAGCACUUUUAGCAUAGCUUAGCAUAAUCCAUUGAAUCUGAUUAGACCAUUAGCAUUGCACUAAAAAAUAACUAAAGAGAUUCGAUAUUUUUCCUAUUUAAGACUUGACUCUUCUGUAGUUACAUCGUGUACUAUAAGACCGACAGAAAAUUAAAAGUUGUGAUUUUCUAGGCAGAUAUGGCUAGGAACUAUACUCUCAUUCUGGCGUAAUAAUCAAGGAAUUUGCUGAUGUAACAUGGCUGCAGGAGGUGUAGGGAUAUUAUGCACUACAGAAGAAUCGAAUCUCUUUGGUAUUU